AUGUCUAAUAAAAGAAUAACAACAGAACUACAAAAACUCUUUAAUGCUAAAUAUGAUGUAGACUUUAAGAAUAGUACUAAUACUGAAUUCGAUAUAAUUAUUAAUGGACCAGAAGAUUCACCAUUUUCAGGUGCACAAUACAAAGUUCAUUUUCUUAUACCUGAUGACUAUCCUUACAGAAGUCCAUCCAUAGGAUUUGUAACACGAAUAUACCAUCCAAAUGUCGAUGAAACCAGUGGAUCAAUAUGUUUAGAUGUUCUUAAUCAAGUUUGGUCACCAAUGUACGAUCUUUUCAAUAUUGUAGAAAUUUUUUUACCACAACUUCUUGCAUAUCCGAAUCCUAGUGAUCCACUAAACUGUGAGGCAGGGUCACUUUACUUAAACAAUUAUGAAAAAUAUGUCAAGAAAGUGGUUGAAUACAAAAUACGAUAUGGAAUACCUCUAAAAAAAGAAAAUCUUGUUGUAGAAGAAGAAACAAGUAUAAGUUCAUUGGAAGACCUGGAUUUAUAA